AUGAGUGAUUCCACAUUUGAAGAAAAACCGAUAGAGCCGACUUUCUUUGACCUUAUAGUCAUUGGAACCGGCCUACCGGAGUCAGUAAUUGCAGCAGCAGCCUCUACUGCUGGCAAAACUGUCCUCCAGAUUGACCCUAACGACUUUUACGGCAGCCAUUUCGCUUCCCACAGACUUGAUGACCUCACUUCCUUCCUCAAUUCACAUGCUAAUCCUCCCUCCACCGCCAGCGUUACAACUAGUGAUGGUGAUUAUACUGCAUUGGAGCUCAAUCGGUGUUCGUUGUACUCCCACGUUGAAGCUGCAAACUAUGCCCCGGAGAUCCUUGCAGAGCAUUCGAGGGGAUUCCAUAUUGAUGUUAGUGGGCCGAGGGUGUUGUUCUGUGCUGACAAGGCCAUUGAGCUUGUAUUGAAGUCUGGCCUGGGGUUGUAUUUGGAUUUCAAGGCUGUUGAUGGGAACAUCAUUUGGGAUGAGAGUAAUGGCGGGUUGUGUAAUGUACCAGACUCGCGAGCAGCCAUAUUUAAAGAUAAGAGUUUGAGUCUUAAAGAGAAGAAUCAGUUGAUGAGGUUCUUCAAGCUUGUUCAGCAGCACUUGGCAGCCUCUGAUGGUGAGGAUGAUGAAAGUUCGAGGAUUUCAGAGGAGGAUUUGGAGAGCCCAUUUGUUGACUUCUUAAACACACGGCUGCUGCCCAAUAUAAAAUCGAUUAUCCUAUAUUCCAUUGCAAUGGUAGAUUAUGAUCAAGACAACUCAAAAGUUUGUAAAAGUAUACUGAAGACAAGAGAUGGGAUGUCACGUUUAGCUCUCUAUCAAAAAUCAGUUGGCAGGUUUCCAAAUGCAAAUGGAGCUUUUCUUUAUCCUAUGUAUGGUCAUGGGGAGUUAUCACAAGCUUUUUGCCGCCGUGCUGCUGUUAAAGGUUGUGUUCAGGUUCUGCGAAGGCCAGUCGUUGCUCUGCUUAUGGACAAGGAUAGUGGGCAAUAUAAGGGUGUUAGAAUAGUUUCAGGUCAGAAUCUGUUGAGUCAUCAGCUGGUUUUGGACCCAACCUUCACGGUCCCAUUGCCAGUAGCUUCCUCUCAACUGAACCUUCCAAAUGAAAGUGUUAAAGGUGAUAAGAGAAAGGUGGCCAGGGGAAUAUGUAUUACAACAAGAUCCUUGAAGCCAGAUAUAUCAAACUUAUUGCUUGUGUAUCCUCCUAGAUCUUUGUUUCCUGAGCAAGACACGUCAAUCCGAGCUAUCCAGCUACGUGGUGGAACAGAUGCUGGCGGUUUGGCUGUUUGUCCGUCAAACAUGUUUGUGUUGUACUUUUCUGCUUUAUGUGAUGAUGCUGAACACGGGAAAAGGUUACUACAUGCGGCCAUGAAUGCUCUUCUUACACUUCCUGUUUCUGGAAAUCUUGAAAGUGGUUCCACAGUCCAAAGUGAAGACACAGAACUAAAACCCACCUUACUUUGGAGCAUGUUAUACAUUCAGGAGAUCACAAUGGGUCGAUAUGAACAUCUCAUCUCCACUCCCAUGCCAGAUGGAAAUCUCAACUAUGAUGAUCUGCUGGAUGAAACUGUUUCGCUCUUCCAGAAGCUGUAUCCAGACGAGGCAUUCUUUCCAGAGACACCUUCCAAUCCAGAAGAGGAUAAUGAAGAGCCAAGUCUAGAGGACUGAUGGGACUGAUGGUGGUUAGCUGUACUCAAGUCAGCGUAUACAUUAUACAGUGUACUCAGUAAUCUGCAAAUGUGGAAAUGUGACUUCUAGCACCUUGUAGGCUUGUACACUAGAACCAAGUAAGAAAAACGGUCACUAUCCCUUUUUUUACUUUACUUUUAUUUUGUUACAGAAGAGGGCCUGAGGUCCCAGAAACCCAGACCAUUGGAAAAGAGGCAACAUUUAGUGUCAGGAUUCUCUUUUUGUGGCAAUAUUUACUGUUGGUGGGUAUCUAUCUUGUCUCCAUUAGUCCAUUUACUGUAACAAGUCUUUGACUUGUGCACCCUUCUUUUACUCUGACAAACGCCUCUUCUAUUUUCAUCUGCAUUGAAUGAAACAGACAUUGUUUGUUGUUGGGUAUUGAGUAUUGACCAAG